AUGGGCAUAUCGAUAACUAUUAUUACAGAGUCGACGUAUAUUCAGCUUUCUCGAGCCCCUCAUUCUUCCCCUCCAAUGCUUUGCACCUCUCUCAAAACACCACAAAUCCUUCGACCACAGCUGGGACCUUGGAUCUUCGACAAGAUGGGGGGUGCUCCAAACAAAAGACAGAAGAGGGAGGAGUACAAGAAAGCCCAGAAUGAGAGGCCGACAACAGAGGGCCCGAAGAAGAAAUUCUACAGACAGCGUGCCCAUGCGAAUCCCUUCUCAGAUCACCAAUUGACAUAUCCUAUCAGCCCUGCGCACAUGGAUUGGUCUACCUACUACCCUGCCUUCGUCGCAAAUCCAGAAGCCGAGCAAAGUAUGACUGGGAUACAAAAAGAGGGUGAAAAAUUACAUGCGGUGAAGCAGCUCCGGAAAGAUGUUGAGGUCGCGGAUAUAGGAUGCAUGGAAAUCCGAUCACAAGUCACAGAGUUCGUUCAGGAACGGAUCAAGGCUCUGAGAGCCCAAAAUCCAAAUAACGGUUCCUACCAGAAUGCCGCCUGCGUCCGAGCUAACACGAUGAAAUUCCUCCCCAACUUCUUCAAAAAACACCAGCUCUCCAAGAUCUUCCUCUGCUUCCCAGAUCCGCAUUUCAAAGCUAGGAAACACAAGGCGCGGAUCGUUUCUACGACACUAAAUUCCGAAUACGCCUAUGUUGUACGACCAGGAGGAAUCAUCUACACGAUCACCGACGUUGAGGAUUUACACAAGUGGAUGGUACAGCACUUCGAAGCUCAUUUAUCUUUCGAGCGUGUGCCUGAAGAAGAACAAGAGGCAGAUCCAUGUGUGCAGAUUAUGAAGGUUGAGACGGAGGAGGGAAAGAAGGUAGAGCGGAAUCAAGGGCAGAAGUUCAUCGCAUUGUUCCGGCGCAUUGAGGAUCCCCCUUGGUAA